AAGGUGACAAGUGAGUGAGACAGAGAAAGCCAAUCUCAAACUUCUUCUUCAUAUUUUCGAACAUAGAGAUGAUGUCUCCACUAUCAGAUCUCCUAAACCUUGAUCUCACUGACACCAAGAAGAUCAUCGCUGAAUACAUAUGGAUCGGUGGAUCUGGCAUGGAUAUUAGAAGCAAAGCCAGGACAUUACCAGGACCAGUAAGCGAUCCAACAAAGCUUCCAAAAUGGAACUACGAUGGAUCCAGCACAGAUCAAGCUGCUGGAGAUGACAGUGAAGUCAUUCUAUAUCCUCAGGCUAUAUUUAAAGAUCCAUUCAGGAAAGGGAACCACAUUUUGGUGAUGUGUGAUGCUUACACACCGGCGGGAGAUCCAAUUCCGACCAACAACAGGAACAAAGCUGUCAAAAUCUUCGAUCAUCCCGAUGUGAAAGCUGAAGAGCCUUGGUUUGGGAUAGAGCAAGAAUACACAUUACUUAAAAAAGAUGUGAAGUGGCCAUUAGGUUGGCCUCUUGGUGGCUUUCCUGGCCCUCAGGGACCGUACUAUUGUGCAGUUGGUGCAGACAAAGCCUUUGGUCGUGACAUUGUUGAUGCUCACUAUAAAGCUUGUCUUUACGCCGGUUUAAGUAUCGGUGGUGCCAAUGCUGAAGUCAUGCCUGGACAAUGGGAGUUUCAGAUUAGUCCUACGGUUGGUGUUGGUGCAGGUGAUCAGUUAUGGAUCGCUCGUUACGUUCUUGAGAGGAUUACUGAGAUAAGUGGUGUGAUUGUCUCAUACGAUCCAAAACCAAUCGAGGGUGAUUGGAACGGAGCAGCUGCUCAUACAAACUUCAGUACAAAAUCGAUGAGGAAAGAUGGAGGACUAGAUUUGAUCAAGGAAGCAAUAAAGAAGCUUGAAGUGAAACACAAACAACACAUUGCUGCUUAUGGUGAAGGCAACGAGAGGCGUCUCACUGGGAAGCAUGAAACCGCAGACAUCAACAAAUUCUCUUGGGGAGUGGCGGAUCGUGGAGCAUCGGUGAGAGUAGGAAGAGAUACAGAGAGAGAAGGAAAAGGGUAUUUUGAAGAUCGAAGGCCUUCGUCUAAUAUGGAUCCUUACCUUGUUACCUCAAUGAUUGCUGAAACCACCAUCCUCGGCUAAGCAUUUUUGGUUCUUUAUACCUUCUUCGGGUUUCGCCUUUUCGAUACUUUUUAUUGCGAAUAAGUCAUGGAAUGUUCUGUUAUUUCUAUUGUUUAAUCUGGUUAUGGUUCAUAUUGAAGCCAAAACUCAUUGUUGAACUCGAAUAAGUUGCAACUAUAUAGUCUAUACAUACCAUCUUCAGC